AAUCGGAUGUGAUGUAAAACUGUACACUUUUGUAUCAGUCACCGAUCAGAAUAAGUCGCUUUAGUUUAGACGAUUAUUGUGGUUGUUUCAAAGAAAACGUUAGCUUGUAUCCUUAAUGCUAAUGCAGAGCAACGAUAGACCGUUAAACGAGCAUAAAAGGGUCGUUAGUAAGUAGGAGAAGUGGAGAAAACCGCCCGGUAAAAAAAUCAAAAUGGCACCGAAGAUUUGUGGACCAAAGCUAUCGACUUGCUGCUCGCUGGUCAGUAUAUGGGGAGUUGUUAUGUUGCUUCUACUCGGCGUUUUCUUCAGGGUUAACUCUAUCGCCCUCGUCGAAGACCUACCUCUUCCAGAGUCUCCGGCCAAUCUGACACAAGCAACGUUGGAAGCUGCGUACACGGACGUCUCAAAUAACUGUUUUAUUGCGGCUGGAUUUUACGUUUUGUGGCUGGCAUUUUCUGUGUGGCAACUUCGAGUGAACAACAAGCAGCAGUUCAAUGUGUCCUAAUCAACGAGACUUUCUCGACUCAACGCAACAUUCCUUUGAAAAGAUCUCCUGAUAGGUCAACGACCUCCUUUACCUGGGCGUCCUUCAAUUGAACAGGAAAAUAAUACAUUUAUUUCUGAAAAGAUGAUUCUCUGCUUGGCAGCUCCGAGUCAACAAGCAGCAGUUCAAUGUUGUGAAUUAAUCGUCAACUCAACUCAAAAUUCCCUUUGCUUUAAAGCAAGUGGACACUAUUGGUAAUUGUCAAAGACCAGUCCUCUACCUUGGUGUAUCUCAACAUAUACAUAAAAUAACCAAC